CACCACCACCCCCCACCACCAACGCCACGACGUCGCAGCCGUUUCCGCGAGAUCGCUUCUGCAACGCACCGCACCGCCCGCCAUGGCCGCCGCCGCGCGCUACGACGUGGAGAAGGGCGGGAGGAGCGGGGAGGGGAGCUACCCGCCGCCGCCGGAGCAGAUGUACCCGCAGCGGGAGGGGGAGAGGGAGUGGGUGCCCUGGUUCGUGCCGGUCGUCGUGGCCGUCAACAUCGCGCUGUUCGCCGCCGCCAUGUAUGUCAACAACUGCCCCGCCCACGCCGCCCCGACUCGCCGAGGCGGCGCCUGCGUCGCCCGCGGGUUCCUCCACCGCUUCGCCUUCCAGCCGCUCAGCGAGAACCCGCUCCUCGGCCCAUCGUCGGCGACGCUGCAGAAGCUGGGAGCACUUGUGUGGGACAAAGUCGUGCACGAGCACCAGGGAUGGAGGCUCCUGACGUGCAUCUGGCUGCACGCUGGAGUUGUCCACCUGCUAGCCAAUAUGCUCAGCCUCGUGCUCGUCGGACUCAGACUCGAGCAACAAUUUGGAUACGUGAGAAUUGCUAUUAUCUACAUUGUUUCCGGCGUUGGAGGCAGCGUGCUUUCAUCUCUGUUCAUCAGGAACAACAUCUCUGUUGGCGCUUCCGGAGCUCUGUUUGGACUCCUUGGAGCAAUGCUAUCCGAGCUCUUCACCAACUGGACCAUCUACUCAAACAAGGCUGCAGCCUUGCUGACCCUCUUGGUCGUCAUAGCCAUCAACCUCGCCAUCGGCAUCCUCCCGCACGUCGACAACUUUGCCCACAUCGGAGGAUUCCUCACCGGUUUCCUCCUGGGAUUCAUCUUCCUGAUGCGCCCGCAUUACGGUUGGAUGCAGCGCUAUGUCCGGCCCUCCGACGUCAAGUACACCAGCAAGAAGUACCUGCCCUAUCAAUGGGUUCUGUUGGCCGUAGCUUCGGUCCUCGCUGUCCUCGGAUUCGCCAUUGGGAUGGGGAUGCUUUUCAAAGGAGUGAACGCGAAUGACCACUGCCAGUGGUGCCGCUACCUCAGCUGCGUUCCGACAUCUAGAUGGAGCUGUGGGAAGUGAAGAUUAGUGCCUGAGACACUUUGGACUGAAACCAGGAGAGAUGGUGCCAUGAGAAACAUUUUCGGGCAAGCAUUUCGAUGAAUAGAUACAGCUCAUACUGUGUACAUAAUAUCAUCAGAACGUGAGGUUUAUGAUGUUAUAUGUUUACCUGAUUGAUCAAUGAUUCGUUUAUUUAUUCAGCUAUAUAUUUUGAAUGGAAAUUUCAUGAAUUUGAAUCUUC